AUGCUCCCGAAGAAGUCGGGUCUCGACGUACUUCGAUCGUUGCGCGAGUUGAACAAGACGACGCCAGUCAUCGUGCUUUCGGCGCGCGAGCAUGAGUACGACAAGGUUGCGGCAUUGAGACUCGGGGCCGACGACUACGUGACGAAACCUUUCGCGCUGGCCGAGUUGUUGGCGCGGGUUCACGCGGUGUUGCGUCGGGCGAAUCUUGCGCGAAAGAACGCACUUGAAGACCGCGUGGUUCGUUUCGGCGACGUGGUCGUUAAUCUCGACACGCGCGAGGUGCAGCGUGAUGACGAAGUUGUUCGUUUGACCAACCUCGAAUUCGAACUGUUGCGUUUCUUUCUGACCAAACGCCGAACGCGUCGUGGGGCGCGACGAAUUGCUCGAACGCGUUUGGGCGUGACGCACGGCGGCUCGAAGCGCACCGUCGACAACUUCGUCGCGCAGCUCAGAAGCAAACUUCGAAGACGACCCGGAGGCGCCAAAGUUCUUCGUGACGCUUUCGACGGUCUUGCGAAGCUCCUCGAAGAACGGGUUCAACUCGAGCGCGCGUCGGGCGUGAUUGAUCGCGGCACGCACGUUGUUCGCCUGUCGUGCGGCGAAGGCCUGCCGGGUGAGUAA